AUGUCGUCGUCAAGCGAAGAGGUCGGAUUUGUUGAUCCUGCCGUUGGGGCCGAGCGGGAGGAGGGCCUGGGCGGAAACUCCUUUGCUAACCCAGACCCAGAGGGAGACAUCGCAAAACGGGUCCAUGACCUUGAGGACUGGGUGGACGAAAAGAAUUUCCAGUACGCAGGCGACAAGCAGCUCCUGGACAAAACCGCCGCAGACGUCAAGAGCCUCAGGAAGACGGUGGAGCAGUGGGUGGCCAAGCUCGGGGCCAGAGCCACCUCGUCGUUUGGCCCCGGGAGCGGUAAAGGGGCCAACAGCGAGGACGAUAUCGAGGGAGCCCCUGGGGCAGCGGGCCUAUGGCCCCUCACCUCCGGGGAAACGCAAACAGCUGUUGCGUUUGUCGCGCUGGCCGUGUUUGUGUGGCUCAUCACCGAGGCGAUGCUGCACAGUAAGCGGCUGUUGGACGGGUAUGGGCCGAUGUUCAACGGGGGGUACAAUGGCCUAGGGAGUGUUGUCGUCUUUGGGACGUGGGAAAAGUUCUUCUUCUUUUACGGCGCGGCCCUCUAUCUUGGCCAGCUGCCUCUUUCGGCUAUACAGCGUGCGAUGAGACGAUGGGAUGAGCGAGUUGAGGGUGGGUAG